UCUGUUACGAAGUAUGGAUUUCAUGGGUAACAUCAUAUGUAAUUUUAACUCUUUAUCAACUCUUCCCUCUGGUGAGAUUCAUGAAACUCAUGCAAUCGAUUCUUUCGUCUCUGGGAAUUUAUUAUCUCUCUGUAACCUUUUUUCUUAAGCUUCUUUCUUUAGCUUCUUUUUCUUUUCUACUCAUCUACAUCUCUUCUUUUUUCUUCCUUUUCUUCAUCUUCUUCAUCUUCAUCUUCUACCACCUCUCCUCCUCCUCUUCCUCCUCGUCCACCUCCUUCAUCUUUUAACGAAUAUUAUCAUUCACGUUGAAUUUUCAUCAUAUUUAUCAGUAUUGAUCAAAUGAAAGUGAAUCAAUUAUUAUAUGUUGGAUUGAUUGAGAGAUUGAAAUUUAACCAAUAAUCAAAAUGAUUUUAUAAAAAUUUAAGUUUCCAUUUUUACCCUGGUUAUUUGUGUUUUAAUUUUCAUCACCAUCACCAUCACUUUCAACCAUCAACCAUCAACCAUAAUCUACAUUAACAUCCACCAUCCACAUCUUCAUUAUCAACAGUAUAAUCAUCAUCCUCAUCCUCAUCCUCAUCUUCAUCUUCAUCCUCACCAUCGUUAAUAUAUAUCAUCUUUAGUGUUAAAAUCUUCAAAUAUCUCCACAAUAUAUUAGAAUUGAUCAUUUUCUCCCUGUUCCUUUCUCUCUCUCUCUCUCUCUCUCUCUCUCUCUUCUUGCUCUCAUAGAAAAUUAAAUGUCCUCAUUUAACUUUAUCCUUUCCUUUUGAUACCUUUUGAUGUAUUCUCGCUACAUUAGAUAUUAUAUUAGCUCCAUGGUUAAUAUAAUAAUAAUAUCAUGAUACUGGAUAGUAACAUGAUGAAAUUGAAGAUGAUUAUAAUCUUAUGAAUGAUAAUAUUAUCAAAUUCUUUACUUGUGAUACAACAAUUAUUAACAAUAUUAGUUUACUGUCGGAAACUGCUGAAAAUAUUCGAUUGGUUCUUUUUUCUACUAUUCAAUUAGUGAUUAUCAAUAAUCAACGGUACCAUGUAUUGUGAACAAUUUAAAUUAAAAUCACUAGUGUUAUGGUUAUAAUAGUGAUAACCUCGGGAUCAAAGAAGGUUAAUCAUCUUCAUCUUCAUCAUUAUUAACAAUUAAAUCUCAAUAACAAUUAGAUUACAAAGCGGAUUUAAUCUCAAUUAGUUUGCAAAAAACGGGAUAAAUUUUAAGUGUUAACAAUUCAAUCACCAAAUACAAUUUAAUUAACGAUGAUAAUCCGUCUGAUAAGCAAUUGGAUAUCUGUAUAUAGUCCACUAAUUACAUUCAUAGUGUUAAUCAAAUUGAAUAGUAUCAAAGGUUCAACUGAUAUUGAUAUCGGUGAAAAAGGAAAUGCACUGGGACAAAAUAUAACGCGCAUUUUGAAUGCAUUUUUUGCCAGUGGUUACGAUAAACGAGUCCGACCUAAUUACGGAGGUCCACCCGUUGAAAUAGGAGUUACCAUGCAUAUAAUUAGUAUCAGUACAGUUUCUGAAGUUCAAAUGGAUUUCACAUCCGAUUUUUACUUUCGACAAUUUUGGGAAGAUCCAAGAUUAGCUUUCAUCCCUUUACCAAGGAUUACUGAGCUUUAUGUAGGAGCGGAAGUAGCUGACCGGAUAUGGGUUCCUGAUACUUUUUUCGCUAAUGAAAAAUCAGCUAGUUUUCAUUUUGCAACAACUAAAAAUACCUUUCUACGUAUCGGAUCAAAUGGUGAAGUUUUUCGUAGUAUAAGAUUAACGGUAACAGCGAGUUGUCCUAUGGAGUUACAAUAUUUUCCAAUGGAUAGGCAGAAAUGUGCUUUAGAAAUAGAAAGUUAUGGUUAUUCGAUGUCCGAUAUGAUCUAUGUUUGGAGAGAAGGAAAAAAAUCGAUUAGAAUGAAUAGUGACCUUUCAUUACCUCAAUUCAAAGUUCUUGGCCAUGCACAGAAAACUCAAGCCAACGCUUUAAGUACAGGAAACUAUUCCAGAUUAGUAUGUGAAAUUAGAUUUGCCAGAUCACUGGGUUUCUAUUUGAUACAAAUAUACAUUCCCGCAAGCCUUAUAGUGGUGAUAAGUUGGGUAUCAUUUUGGUUACAUCGUAAUGCAACUCCGGCUAGAGUUUCACUGGGUGUGACCACUGUCCUUACAAUGACAACUUUAAUGUCUUCAACAAAUGCCCAACUUCCGAAAAUAUCUUAUAUCAAAUCGAUUGAUGUUUUCCUUGGAACUUGUUUCGUUAUGGUUUUCGCUUCCCUCCUUGAAUAUGCGACCGUUGGUUAUCUUGGUAAACGUAUUGCAAUGAGAAAAUCGAGAAUUGAACAGAUGAAUAAGAUGCAAGAAGACCAAAAGAAACGUCUUGCUUCACUGCCUUCUCACCAUAAUAGCAAUUCAACUUCGGGACAUUUAACAUUAAGUGAUAGAGGAGGAGGAGGAGGAGGUGGUGGUGGUGGUGGUGGUACAAUCAGUGUAACAGGGAAUCCAGGGAUUGGAUGUAUAACCGGUAGCCAAGGAGCCUUACAAUCUGGGCAACAGUCACAGCAACAAUCUUCUCAAGGAGGUGGAAUCAAUACUAAUAGUGGUAGUGGUGGAGGGGGAACGUGUAUAAGUGUAGGACAAAGUGGACCAGUAAAUACAUUGAGUGUGGUUCAUCCAAUACAAGUGACCUCUUGUGACCUUAUCCAUGGUGAUGGUGGUCAUAGCCAUCUUCAACCUGCGCCACAUUCACACCAUCCAAAUCAAUCUCAAUCCCAGCCACAGUCACAACAGCAACAACCACCGCCCUCCUCACAAGAUUUACCUCCGCCCAUACCACCAGGUCCAAUUGGGAUAAUUAAUCCAACUCUCUGUCCAGCGGCAAUGAAUGCACGUAAUCCAAGGCAGAUCAUUUAUAAACACUCACAUCUUUACCAUCCUGGAACGGGUGGGACACUCCACCGAAGUGGCCAUUAUGAUCGAUCGUCAACUUAUGCUUGCUCAUCACCACCAACUAAUCAUCGUCCUACCUGUACUUUACGUACCUGUAACACAGGUCACAUGAUAUGCAAUCAUCAUCAUCAUCCUCAUCCAGAUAACAUGGGAUCAAGUGGAUUAGCUCAUUAUCCAAGUGAAGUGAGAUACAAAUUAUCUGAGAGCAUGAAACAAGCCUCAAAUCGAGCAGGUUCAUGUAUAACUAACGAUUCAUGUCCAAACCAAAACUCUAGUGGCGGUGGUGGUGGAAAUGGAGCCACAUCGACAACACCGUUAAUCACAAGACGCUCAACUGAUCACUCGGAGAGUCAUCAUCAUCCGCUUCCACCACCAACACCCUUAUCUAAACCUCAUCAUGGUGGAAAGUGUAAAAAUCCCAACAAACUUUUAGGUGUCUCACCAAGUGACAUUGACAAAUACUCUAGGGUUAUAUUUCCUGUUUGUUUUAUCUGUUUCAAUCUAAUGUAUUGGAUAAUCUAUCUUCAUAUCAGUAAUGAACCUAAUCCAGAUCUUAUUUCACUUGGAAGUUAAAGAUAACCACUGAGCCACACCCAAAUAAAGCCUGAACUAAUUGUGAUUAACGGUCAACACAAUGGACAACAUUUAACACGGACAAAGACAAAUUCAACUACCUGAGAUGAUAAUCAAGAUCAAUUUACGAUCAAAAAUUUUACUCAAAAUUUUGUUUUCACAUUUUUUGAUUGAUCAGUUUUGCUUUGGAAAACAGUUGAAAUCAAUUUGAAAACUUGGUGUUGAAGUUUUAUUUUAAUCACCCGGUUUUUAUCAAGUUGAUUAGGAUGCAACAAUUAGAUAACAAUCAUGUCAGUAAAUUGUCACUUGUAUCAUUGUAAUCACCAAUCAGGUUAACAUUUAGUUAAGUUAAAUAGUUGUAAUUAAGAAACUUUGACAAGAUUUUUUCUCGAUUAUUAAGUUUUCAUCAUUUCUGUCCAAUUGUUAUCAAUUUAAUUCAUUUAUCAGAGUUAUUAUUAUAUUGAGUCUUUUUUUUCAUGGUGCAGAUUCAUGAGCAAGAAUAAGAGGAUAUUAAGGGUUAUCUCGAAUUUUUUUGAAUGGAAUCGAACAAAAUAGAUGAGAGAAUAUUCCAAGAAAAAACUGUUCAUAGAAAUUCUGAUUUUUUAUCUUCUCUUUUGUUCUUUAUCUCCAUCUUAAUAUAAAUUCACCUUCCCUGAAAUAGCCUUUUCCUUUUCUUCUGGUUUCAAGGUAUUUGGGUUGAUUUUCUUCGUGAAAUGAAUAUACUUUGAAGAUAAUUCCUCUUCUUCAGCAUUUGAUGACAAUGAUCUCUCUCUCUCUCUCUCUCUCUCUCUCUCUUCUCUCUUUCUCUCUCAAAAGGGUUUCAAUUCGAGACGAGGAAAAGAGACACAAAUAGAAAGGAUCAUCAGUUAUGAUAGAAAAUAAUAGGAAGAGAAAGGGAGAGAAAACGAUGAGAAGGAUGAUAAUAUUGAGAGAAAGAGACGCCUGCUCAUCUAAUUUCCUCUUCUUAAGGUUUCUUUCUCGUUCUUUCUUUACAUUUACAUCAUUUCCUUUUCCUUUCAACCUCAUCUUCAUCUUCAUCUUCCCUUUUCCUUUUAAUCAUUGGUCAUCAUCAUAAUCAGAAAUUUUCAUCUUCAUCUCUUUUUUGUUCAUCUCCGUCCUUUCGCUAUCAAUUGCCAGCAAUAACUGUUAUAAUAACUAUAAAUCUACAAUAACUUAUCACCAUCAACCUUAAAUCACGAUUGCAAACACAUAUCUAUCCCCUAGUGACAUGAAUCUUUUUUUAUCAGCAACAAUUAACUGAUUAUUGUGCUGAUUAUGAUGAUUGGGUUUUAAAACCAAAUGAUUCUUGAUUUCUGAUUGAGUCUCAUUAUUCAUACAUGAUAACCUUUGAGAAGCCUUAUCCAUGUUAGAUAUUAGUAUUUAUCCUGGAUUGUUCCUAUUUCCUAAUCAUUCCCACUGUUGUUACUUUUUUGUUUUCCAUUUUGGAUCUUUAAUUGUUAACAAUCAAUUCAAAUUAAGUCGAUAUCAAGUUUAUCGCAACACAGAGCAUUUCACCAAGUUUCGUACAAGUUUUUGUCUCUGAACAUUCAACCAGACCCAGACUCGAGCUAUGGGAGUUUGUGUGAUACUCAAUUGUCUUAUUUUAUUAGCAAGGUCAUUCUGUUAGGAUAAAGCUUCAAGGUCAUUCGAUGACAAUUCAAGUUGAUUCUGCCCAUCAAAUGACCUUGACUGAGUAAAAUAUGAUAACUUGUUGGAAACUUUUGAUGAAAUUCCUUGUAGUUAUUAAUACUUUUAAUAGGCAACAUUUUUCUUUGCUGAUGCUCUUGGCCUUUUAUCCAGUUUCUUAUUUACAAAUCGAAACAAUUUACUAAUUGUUCAAACAGGUUGUUGAUUCUUAGCAACCGUUAUGAUUGUUUAAUUGCUCAAAUUAGCUUCUAAUUUUCAAAUGUUUACUUAUAACUAUUAGUUGAUUUGAUCAACUAUUUUUGUCCAAUUUUAAAUCAUUACAAUGAUCAAACUAGUCAACUGUUGACAUUAAUUGGUAUUAAUUGUUCAAUCUAAUCAAACUUGAUACAAAAAUUGUUUUCCAAUUGUUUUGAAUGAAUCAAUGAUGAUCAAAGUUAAUCAAUUAAUGUCCAUCAACUGUAAAUUUAUUUAAUUGUUACAAUUGAACCAGGGAAAGGUAAUGAUAAUAAUGAUUAUUAUCAAUCAAAACAAUCAAAUUGAAACAAACAAACAAAAUGAUAAGCUUUUUAUUACUUUAAAUUAGACUAACCAAUUAACUUUCAUGCCUUAAUCAAUGCAAUAAAAACAAUAACAACAAUUAAGGUAAUCAAAUUGAAUAAAUUGUUAAUCAAACAAAACAAGAAAAUCUUUCAAAAUAUAUUACAAAUUGAGAUGAAAACAAAACUAAAUACAAUUUACUAAUUGUUAUUAGAUUAAUUUAACAUGAUCAAUUGAAUGAUUUAUAUAUAAGUAAAAAGCCUUAGUUGAUAAUAAUAACUAAAUUAAUUAACUAGUAAUUAUGAUAAUUAAAAGUCUUCCGGAAUAGAGUGACAAACAAUAUAAAAACAAUGAUGAGAAAUCAAGAUAACCAAUCAAAGGGUUGAUCAAGAGUUAAUUGUUAUUGUUUUCAAUUGUAAAUUAAAACUAAUCUGAUUAUUAAUUGUUCAAUUUAACAAAAAUGCUCAACCCAUCAAACAUGAUCAAUUAAUAAUAUGAUAAUUGCUUCACUAAAUCAAUAAUCAAUAACUUAAUAAAUCCUUAAUGUUGAAACCAUAAAGAAACUGUUAACAAAAAAAUUGAAUCAAAAUUGUAAUUAAAUUAACAAUCAACCAAUCAAUCAAUUAUUGUGAAUAUUUGAUCAACAGGAAAACAAUGUAAUUAGUAAAUAAUUUAUAUCAAUUAUCGAUCCAAUAAAAAAAUUCAGACAAUUCGAAAUCUAAAUUCAAUUUCUAUCCAUAGUAGUGCAAAGGAUCGAGAUCAUUAAGAUCACUUUAAGCUAAUCUCUCUAUUUGGAUAAUUGGGAUUAAGAACAGAUUAACGACGACCUCUUGUUCGUGGUAUAUGGUUCGUUAACGAUCAAACUUUUAGCUAAACUAAACUCAACCAGAUGAAUCUGGUGUAACUCGGGUUUCUAUCGUAAGAAAAAAGUUCCUAAUAAAACAAAGACUAUUAAUGUAAUGUUGAUAAUAUUAAUCAAUUUUAAUCAUUGAAAUAGGUACAAUUUUGGUUCAUAUUUAUGUUAAUUAACUUCAAUAAAUGAUUUUCCAUUGAUUAUCUUAC